AACUCGUGUGUUUAUAUAUUAAUUAUCGAAAUACAUUUUAUACUAAAUGUACAGGGUAUCAAGCAAACAGACUGGCGUGGCAUCUUAAUAGUGUCCAGCCCUGGUGCCGAUCAGCUGUCUUCAAAUUUCGGCGCCAGUAAAUCAAUAAAAAAAAAUGUAAAGGCAGUAUCAAUUGUUUUAUACUUGAAGAUGUAUAAGCGAUUUCGAAAAUCAAGAGAUCAAGUAGUUAUAGGAGAUAACAGCAGCAGUGAUGAUGACGCUGCAGAUAUUGUUGAAAUGAGCAGAGUUCUUGUCAAAAGGCGUCCUGCAAAUAUGCAGAAAUAUGUACGCAUUCAACGUGUGGAAACUCUGGAUAAUGCUGACAUUUCGGACACGAGCAGCGAUGAGAUCAACAGCCAAGACCAGGAGAACAGCAGGUGUAUUCUAAACACUAGCAGAUACAGAGACAACUCCAAAGCGUUGAUAGCAACACCCACAAGUAAAUUCCAACCAUUAUCAGUAACCUUAAGCGGCAAGAGAAUUUCACCAACGCCGUCGCCAACUCCAUUGAGCACUAGAGUGGGUGCUUCUAAACUGGACAAGUCCAUUGCCGGAACUCCGACAUCAACAUGCCGUACAGCUUGGAGCAGUUUAAGGGAAACGCUUUCAACGCUUAGGCGGGAUCGUCGAGGCGUGCUGCAGGAGGCAUUGGAGGAUACGUUCAUUGAAUGCUCACUGUCUGCCACAUCCAUUGAGGCCAACUUGAGGACAUUGGUCGACAAGCAGCAGAUGCCAAACAGUGCCAAGAUGAAUGCCUUACUUCGAAGGAAACAACGAUGCGUUAAAGGAGGUUAUUUGCAGGAGUACAAGCGACUGAUGCAGAAGGAGCGCAUGGAUCGACGUAGUCUUAACCAUAAUCAACGUUUGGGCAUUAGCCAAGGACAUCGAGUACUUGUGCUGAGUAUAUGUGAAUCCUUUGGCGCCCACAUGGCUCGCGUACAGUCCGUAGACUCCAAUGAACCCAUUUUCAACGUCAUAGUAGCUCCCAGCAUGGCACCCAAGAUCACUGUUGGCUCCAGUCUAGAGCUUUACUUUGAUUUCAAGGUGAACUCAGCGCUGUUGUUACCAAACAAGGAGCUCGUAUAUAUAAUACCAAAUAAAUUAGUUUUAUUAUAAGGACGAGUACACACACUUAAAAAUACUUGGAAAAUAAUUUGUAAAUACAUUCAGAUAUGAUUAAAUCCCA